AGUAGAGCCGUCAACUGACCGAGAUGACGACGUGAUUGUGUAGUGACUUGCUGAAGUGUUUAUCAGUGACCGGGCUAGCACACAAUGUGUCUCUUCCUACUGACUGGCAGCGGUUCUGUCUGAACGAGCGAAGUUGUGUUCCUCCUAGUGUGUUCUCGAGCCUACGAUGAGAUCGUUGAGUGACCAGUUGUGUUAAUUAUGGAGCCUACCCUGCACGAACUGAGCCAUAACAGUUUUGUGAGAUUAGAACUUUACGUGGUCGAAUGAAAGGUCAGUUUAGGAUGAUUUAGUUGGACACCGCAACUGAUAUAGUGUUUCAUUCAAAAUUCUGUGCUUUAACCAAACCAUGAUGCCGUUGGCACCGACUCCCAUAGCAGCGGUCCCUUCCAAGCCCAAGAUAGGUUUCUCCAUAGACUCUAUCGUAGGGGGUGGCACCAGGACUCAGUCGGCGUCCCCCAGGAGUGACGGGGAGAACAGCAAUCAGUCGGUGUUGUCCGACAGUCCGAUAUCCUCGCCGCACCAACACGACGGUCAUCACCGGACGACGGUCCACUCUCCUCCCCAUCACGGGUCUUCGCCCUCGCCCUCCAUCUCACCCGCGGCGUCGCCGACCUUGGACCCCGGCAGGACGUCCCCAGGGCCACCGACGAUAGUGAGGCCCUCCGCCUUACCGCCAGGAGCCCUUCCGCCCUUCUCCAAGUCCUCCCUGUACCAUCUACCGGACCAUCUGGUACAUGGACACCACCACCAGCUCGCUCUCGCUGCUGCCGCCGCCCAGCACUUCCAGGCUGCCGGCCUCGCCGCCGCCCUCGGUAACGGUUCCUUCCUACCCCCCGGAGGCCCUCAGGGUCCCACCGCCAACGGACCUCCCCAGGCCGGUCCUCAACUGCUCCCGCCGGCCCAUCACCACCCCCAGCCACCCCGCGAUACUUACCCGCUCUACCCGUGGCUUCUCUCCAGGCAUGGCAGGAUAUUCCCGCACAGGUUUCCUGGAGGUCCUGACAUUCCCGGGUUUCUCCUGCAGCCCUUCCGCAAGCCCAAGAGGAUACGUACCGCCUUCAGCCCUAGCCAGCUACUGAAGCUCGAACACGCCUUCGAGAAAAACCACUACGUUGUAGGCGCUGAGAGGAAACAGCUGGCCCAAUCGCUCUCACUCACGGAGACACAGGUGAAGGUGUGGUUCCAGAACAGACGGACGAAACACAAGCGCAUGCAGCAAGAGGAGGAAGCGAAGGCUCAGCAGCAGGCGGCGGCGGCCAACAAAAACUCUCACCACGUAAAUAAAUGGAAGCAGGAGACCGCACAUCAGCAGCAGACUCAGCAGCAACAGCAACAGAAUAGUCAGCAGCAACAACAAUAUCAACACCACAUGCAGAGGCAUAUGAGAGACUCGGCUGACGGUUGCUCUUCCGGUUCUGAAACUUAAAGUGAAUAGUGAUUGGGACUUCCACUGGGUGUAACCUUAGAGCCGAUGUUUUUUUACAAAAUUCUGCAUCAGUGAUUUUACAAAGUAAUCAAAAUAAGAAUCAUAUUCACAACGCAUUUAUUAGCCUAGCAACGUGCAUUGCUGCUGAAAUUAAUCAUGCCAACCAAGGUGAACUUAAUUUAAAAACGUAAAUUAAUUGAAUUUUUGGAUUUUUCACAUAUACCUUUUAUGUAGACGUUUCUGCUAAAGAUAGCUCUCGAUUAUUGUUUUUACUCAGAUAUUUAAUAUUUUAGUCCUCUAAAGCUUUAAUAAAUUACAUAACUAUAACUGAAUAUUAAUCGACACAACAAAUGCAAUUAAAUAACCUUUUAGUACUUUAUUAUUACAAAUGAAACUAUUGUUUUUUAUUUACAAUAAUCUAUUUCCUAUUUGUAAAUAAAAUAACCAACUGAGGAUGUUUUUGGAUUUAUCCUUAAUCUGAGGUACACUCUACAUAAAAAUUAAAUACUGAAUGGCUUUGUUGAUAACUUUAUAACCUAAUUCAUAUUUACAUUUUUUUAAAUAAUAAUGCAUUAUAUAAGGGGUACUAAAUUUAGACAAAAAUAAAAUAAUACGUUUUAGUUAAAUUUUCUAAAUUUAUAUAUAGGGCUUUACAAAUAAUCUAAUGACUGAGUAAUAUACGAUAAAAUGAGAUGUGUGCUUAAGGAGUUUGAUAGUAAUGAGAUUUCAUCACUGAUAAAACUUUGUACAUAAUCUAACCUAGUCCUAUUUCGAUGUACAUUUGUAAUUAUAUUUCUAUGCUAUGGACUCUUCUAUUUAUUGUGACAGUAAUGUGUAACAGUGAAACCGGUGUUAAUAUUAAGAUCAAUUACCAGCUUUUAAUUAAGUUUUAAUAGCUAUAAAUAUAAUUUAUUAUGUUGUUAUUUAUUGAAGCGAAGUCUUCGAAUAAUACUGUUUAUAAUACUUUCUAUUUAGUGAUUCAUUUAACUAUACAAUUCCAUACUAGUUAAGAACGUUAUUUCGACAAAAAUUACACCCCCAUUUACUAAUUUGGUAUACGAAACAAUUCUCAAAAAUACAGGGCUUUUUUUAACGCAUGGUUUCCUUGUUAUUGUAAAUCACAUAAAUAUUAAAAGUUUCUUUUAAGGAAAUAUUACUUUAAGAUGAUUUUACUUGUUACCUGCACUAAAUUAGUAUAGGAAAGCGUUGCCUUCUGUCUUUACCUGGAAUUGUUUUAUUUUUCUUUCGGUAACUAAAAUACUAGUGUGAAAUGAGUCGAAUAAAUAAAGAUUUAUGUUGAAAUACACACAAUGAGUUAUAGUAUUUGAUACAUGUAAAGAAAUGUGUGUAUAAUUUCCCAACAAUUAUUACUUUUUUCCCAGCUUAAAUUGGUUUGUUGGACAACUAAGUAUUUAUAUCAUUUUGUAACAAAUAAUAAUUAUAGUAUUUAGUAAACACCAACUGGAAUUAGAUUACAUUUUAAGUAAUGUAAUAAAGUGAUCAUAUGUGCCAAACCAUUUAAAUGUUAAAAUAAAUAUCACUUAGUUUUAUUUUCAGUACAGUUAUAUACAUUCAAUUGUAUUUUAAUCUAUGUUAAAAAAUUACAACCUGUUGUUCUAUCAUUUAAAUUCUCAUUUAAUUAUUUGAUGAAAAGUGUGUAAAACAAAAAAUUUAUUGUAUUUUAACUUGGUAGAAAGUUUGAUUAAAUUAUUGUAAUAAUAUGAAGAAUUUAUUUAAGUCACCAGUGUAGCAUACCCUGUGAAUGCCAAACUCUGUAAGAAUGUAGACAAAGUCUUAAAGUUCGAGGUCUACAGCAGUGUUGUAAAUAUACUUAAAUGAAAUUGUAAAUACUAGUGUGAGUUUUAAAUGUAUGUAUGUAUGUAAAAUGAAAUAUCGCUCGGACCGUCAGAUACUGUUUUUUUAAAUGUACAA